UCCUAGUUCUUAAGCUUCGACCUCCCUAGACUUCACAAGUCUUUUGUUAUCACCGUUACGCUAUAGUUCGCCUUUACGGCAGCAGUGAUGGCGGUUAUCACUGGGAUUCUAUUCUCGGCGUUGUUACUCUGCCUGGUAUACUGGAAGAGGCAUGUACGCAGUCAAAAUAGAGUCCCGCCGGACGCUCGACCACUCCCAGGUCCAAAAUCUUACCCUAUCGUCGGCCGCGUACACGAUAUCCCGUCAAAAACAUCAUGGCUAAAAUUUUACGAGUGGAGUAAAGAGUUUGGGCCGAUAUAUCAGACGGAGAUGUUUGGUACGGUUCACGUAUGGAUCUCAUCAGAACGAAUCGCGAAUGAUUUGCUUUCGAGACGAGCGGCAAACUACUCCGACCGGCCGCAAAUACCAAAUCUUCCAAAUAAUAAAACGAGCGGCGAAUAUCUCGCGUUGGCGGGAAGAAAUGACACAUGGAAGCGACAGCGGAAACUCUGCCAGCAACUUAUGGCUGUAUCAGCCAGAGGCUCGUUGCAUGACUACCCAACAAAGGAACGAGAUCGGUUUAUAUACUUACUGUCGCGUGACUCAUCACAAUAUCGAGAGUACAUCGAGCAGUUUACAUCACGUACGGUAUCUCGUCUCUCAUGGGGCAGUCCCCAUCCGGCUCAUAUCCUACGAACAACCACUUUCGGCCUCCUUGAGACCAUAUCUCCAUCCGGCGCACUCCCAAAUGUCAUAUCAUGGCUUAUGCAUGUCCCAACAUUCAUGAGCCCGUGGAAGCAAAAGGAGAAGGCUCGACAUGAGCUUGAAGCAGAUUUACUGAAGGGUAAUGUACAGUACGUACACGAUCGUAUUGACGAGGGAAACGCCGAGCCCAGUUUUAUUCACACUUUCAUCAACUCUUUAAGCGACGAGAGUAAGAAAGAUAAAUGGGGUGAUGAGUCCGAGGCUACGUAUGUCGUCGGACAAAUGGCCAUUGCUGGAGCCUUGACGAUCGGCAGCCCGAUCCAAAGCUUCAUACUUGCCAUGUUACACUAUCCGGACUGGCUCAGAAAACUUCAAAAAGAAAUCGAUGAGGUAUGUGAAGGGAGAUGCCCCGAGUGGGACGACCGCGAAAGGCUACCCAUGCUCCGAGCCGUCGUUAAGGAGGUGAUACGGUGGAGACCACCAGUCCCAACAGGGAUUCCCCACGCGAUCGAAAAGUCUGACGUGUAUAAUGGUUAUUUCAUUCCCGCCGGUGCUACCAUUCACGCGUUGGAAUGGGCUAUUACCCGCGACGAGGAUGUGUACUCUGAUGCUGACACGUUUAAUCCCGGCCGAUGGUUGGAUCCUAAGUACCCGACAUAUAAGGAGCCAUUGACCGUAUACCCAACUCUUGUCGGCUUUAGUCAGUUUGGCUUCGGUCGUCGCACAUGCCAAGGCAUCCCGAUCGUGGAUCAGGAUCUCUUCCUAGCUAUGGGAGGCAUGGCAUGGGCGUUUGACAUUCGGAAGAAACGUCGGGCUGACGGUAGCGAAGUACCAGUUCACUGGAACGACUUUACGCCACUCCUUAUCGCUAAGCCGGCACCGUUUGAAUUCGAUGCUGUGAUACGCAACGAGGAGAUAGAAGCAGUCAUAACCCGGAUGUGGGAAACUGGCAAGGGCGAGGACGACGAGGAAGAGGAGCAAAAUCAAUCGUUAGUGCAAAUGGAUAGGAAUGAGAUCGCAGCGGUAGUAGCAGCCGCGGCAGCCGAAAAGCGGGAUGACGACGCCGGUAGCGACCGUGGCAGUGAUACAAGCGCCGCAACAUGUUCAUUAGCGGGAUCGGUCUCUUCCUCUAGCAUCGGAUCCGAUAGUGACGGGGAUAGUUCGCCGUCGGGAUCUCCACUCAGUUCGUUAAACGCAGGACGUUUGUGUCGGCGGAUGUAGAUUAGGUCAGUACCGUGUACAUGUCUUCUAAGUCGAUAUAGCAUGAGAUGUGGAGGUGUGGCAUUCAUGAAUUCGACAUAUGGGUCUACGAAAACUUGAUUAUGUUUCGCAUAGCAGUGGCCAUUCAC